AUGAAAAGAGGAAGUGGUUAAGAAAGUAAAUCAUUAAAACAGAUCAUAAAGAAAGAAAGCAAAUAUGGGAGUUAUGAAACUGCUGCUGCUGCUUCUCUUGGUUCUCUUUAGCUUCACUUUUCAUGUAUCAUUUUCUCAGCUUGCCAAUAACUCAGAAAAACCACCAAUAUAUGAAUCAGAUGGUUCUGUAAGUAUUGGCAGCAAUGGAGCCAUAAACCAAAGCAAAUAUGCCCAUGCUAGUUCAAGAGGUGGAGGAGGGGGUGGUGGUGGUGGUGGGAGCUCGGCUAGAGGGAGCAACGGAAAUGGUGGUCAGUCUAACUCCUCGCCACGAGGGGGUGGCUCGAUGAUACCUGUAUAUGCUGCUGGUUCAGGAGCCGCGGCUAAGCGCAACAACCAUCACAGCGCUGCCGCCAUUUGUAGCAAGUGCCAAAAAGAUAGGCAUUUGAUUGCCGUAACCACCAUUUUAACAUCAAUUUUACUAUAUAUGUCUAUGUAAAAAUCCACUUGAGUGUGCAGUGCAUUUGUGUAUACGAUUGUUUCUAAUUUUGUACUUGUUUGUAGUGGAUAUUGGUUGGAAUAAUGUCUCAGUUUAUUUCUUUUUAGGAUUUA